AUGCCUUACGAGGAGCUGUACAUCCCAGGUGUAAAUGUAGAGGGCACAAACUUUGGACCUCCAGUUAGCAACCAGGACGUGUCGGGUCAUCAGAUUGCGUCUUCCAGCGACACUUCCACAAAGGCGAGACAGUUGCAUCUUACAAAGAUACCCGUCGGUUAUUCUCCCUUUUCACCCAUCAAAAAUGAGAAUGUCUAUAAGAGGAUGAUAGAUUGUGCACAAUAUUCCCUAGAUUCAAUCAGCGCAUCUGUCCGUGAUAACACCAUUUUAGUUACGGGCACCAAGACAGGUCAGCAAGAUGAGGACGGAAACGUCUUAUUCGAUACUACCACUGAUAUUCCGUGUAUAAUGCCAGAAGGCUGUAAUAUGGAAAAAGUCAAGGCAUGGCUUGACGAAGACAAGAUUUUGUAUAUAUCUGUUCCUCUGAAACAUUAG